ACUGGGCUGCGGAAAGGGUGCGGCAUCAGAAGACGCGAUGCUGAGCCGGCUUCAGGAGCUGCGCAAGGAGGAGGAGACGCUGCUCCGGUUGAAGGCCGCACUGCACGACCAGCUGAACCGGCUCAAGGUUGAAGAAUUGGCCCUCCAAUCAAUGAUUAGUUCUAAAAGAGGAGAUGAGAUGCUGUCUUCUCAAGCUGCACAUGAACAGUCACAUGAUCAGAUGUUGGUGCAUGUAGACAAUGAAGCAUCAAUCAACCAAACUGCACUGGAGUUGAGCACAAGGAGCCAUGCACCAGAAGAAGAGGAGGAGGAAGAAGAAUCAGAUUCCUGAAGUGGGGAAAGAGCCAGGGUUAGUUAUACAAAUCAAAUUUCUAAGUUGCAGAAACCCUCUCUGCAAAGAAUUCUUGCCAUGGACCCUAUGGCCUGCUUUAAAAGGAAGCAUGAACUUUAGGAGGAUGUGUACUUAUAAAAAUAGUUCCAUCAAUAAUUCAAGUUUCAGAAUGCUUUAACAAAAACUAGUGACAUAUAGAAAGGCAAAGAUGCAGUGUCUUAGCAUUAAGCAAUAUGGGUGGUGGUGUGUCUGUAUUCUGGUCAGAUCCAGUAAUUGUGUUCAAAACAGAAAAUCUCUGAAAUGCUAUUGAGAAAGUCUGGCAUUUGCAAAAAAAAGCAGGGUGUAAGUAUAAGCCAGCCUUUUCAAUCAACAAUGCCUCUCUUAAGCAAACCAAUUAAAGGCUGUUUGCAUACCACAGAACCCUUGUAAGCAUGCCAAAGUCUGCAGUAGAAAGAUGAUGAAGAGGACAGACGCCACCUGAGAGCACAAGCUGUUGCCACUUCUCAGUGACAUCGCAACACACUGCCCACCACAGACUUUUGUGUGGCUGUCAUCACUUCUGGGUUGAGACAUCACUAUGCUAAAAUGUGCAUAGAAAUAAACUGUAAAUGAGUAGCCAUCAUGCCCACACCUGACACCCCAACUGGGAAACAGAUCAGUUCCUCCUCUGGGGAAAACAAUACAGCCAGCAGGAUGGUUUUAAACCUAUUUCUGGACUUCAGAGGAAAUGUGUCAUUAAAGAGGGAAUCACUAUGCUUGGGAGAUUGGACUUUUUAAUAAAUGAUAGUUACAGAGUAAGUGUUGUUAAAAUUUAGUAUUUGAAGUUGAUAUUUAUUUCUGUAUACUGUCCCUUUCCUAUUGAAUGUACAAUUAAGUAGUUGCUUAACUUUUUAAAAGUUGCCUUGGCCAGUG